UUGUCCUCAGCCUCGGCCGGCAAACUCGGUUGUAACCAAUCAAUCUCUUCUUCACCAUCACCCCCAGCCAACGCAGCUGCCGCCUCUGGUCGACAGUCCUCAAUGCCUCCUGGUGGUCCUAAAGCAGCUAUCCGGCGACGCGCCGCGGCGGAUCAAAGAGAUAAAGUAGCAAAUGCACGUCCUUCGAGUACAAGAGCUGCUGGUGCCGGUGGAAGUUCGAGUACAAUGUUGAGGCUCUACACAGAUGAAUCGCCAGGAUUAAAAGUUGAUCCAGUCGUGGUAUUGGUUCUAUCUUUAGUUUUCAUUUUCAGUGUUGUAUCAUUACAUGUUAUCGCGAAGGUUACAAGGAAAUUUUCCAGUUAG